AUGAAGACGAAUGCGAAGACCGCCACUGCUAAUAUUACUGCGAAAGGAAUGCCGAGUCCUAGCCCUAUCAUCGCGCCGGUUGAGAGGCCGGUUGAAGGCACAGACGCUGAGACGGGAGUUGAGCUUGGAUUGCUGAUCAAUGAGGAAGUUUGCGAUCUUGAAGAUGUGUCUGAGGAUGAAGCUGUAGGGGAAGUGCUAGUCGUUGUAGCGGACAAAUCAAAAUCGCUAUCCCUAUACCUGAUCCAUAUCGCAGGCGCAGGUAUCACAUUCUCACGAAAUGUAAAUGUACUUGAGAAUCCAACCGCUUCCCCAUCCCCUGUAUACGCGAUAGUCGUUAUCACCGUCGAGUCUAUCCUCGAAGUGCAGAAAGUGGAUGGAGCUCCGCCCAGCACCGCAGGUGCCGUCCCGGGAUUGAAGCCUGGUUGA